AUGUAUGUAGGUAGUAUUUUCAUCAAUGGAGGUAGAUUGAUUGCCGGUUUACCUGAUGCUCCUUUUAAUGACAGUAUCGACAUUAUUCUUCAAGACCAUCAUUCAAUUACGAUUGCACUGCCCUAUAAUUUUCCGCUUAUUGGAUCUAGAGUAAUCGCUGUUCUAGGUGGUCUCGAUUUGCAUGGUUCUUUACGUGGUAUUUCAUGGACACGAAUUGCCACAACUGCUGCAUCAGGUGAAAGCUUGAUUGUAUUAAGCGAACGAGUCAGUUGGAUGAUUGGUGAUGAAUUCGUCAUUACCACUACGGAUAGGGAUAUAUCACAUACAGAACGGCACCGUAUUGCUAGUAUCGACAAUGGAACGAUAAUACAUACGAUGAUUCCACUUGCUUACACUCAUAUCGUCUUACAACAGACAUUUCCAAAUGGUCAAACGGUCAACAUAGCUGCUGCAGUUGGUCUAUUGACGCAUAAUAUACGCAUUAUUAAUCAAAGUCCAUCACCUAAUCUAUCUGGCUUGCGAAUUUUCAUCACACAAUAUUCGACACUUAUCCGGUAUUCGGAUACAAACCAAUUGGUAGAUACAUACUACAAGGGCUAUGCUAGACUUUCGAAUACACAGUUCAUUGGUUUCGCACAAUUUGAUGAUACAACUAAUAGCGAUCAACAAUCAUGUAUAUACAUGAGUAAUCUAAAUGAUUGGAAUUCACAACGACCUACUUACAUCGAUGGUUGUUCAUUUGAUGGUGGAUUUAAUGCUGCAAUUGGCAUGUUGAAUACAAACGGUGUACCUAUUACAAACAAUGUUAUUUAUAAUACAUAUCGAACGGGUAUUGCGGUUACCGGAAAGAAUAGCAUUGUUCGAAAUAACCUUGUAACAACUGUCUAUUGGUCGGGCACGGCUCAGUCGUCGUCAAUCUCUCAGUACAAUAUCAAUUAUGAUGGAGCAAUUAUGUCUCGUGAUGCGAUCAGUGUAAUAAUGCAGAAUAAUCUUGUAUCUGGAGUUGAACGAUCGGCUUAUCGAAUCCAAGGUGAAGCAUGUCCAAGUGCAUACGUUCCUGGAUAUAUACAGAAUGGUUAUUCGAACAAUGAAGCUCACUCGGCAAUGUCUGGAGUCAGUCUUUGGCCAUUGGAUAAAGGCUUUUCAUAUGAUCGAAGUAUACUAUCCGAAUAUCACUUUAAUACCACAUUUUUUUUGUUUGUUUGUUUAGAAUGUGUUAUUAUUAAAGGAUUCACGUGA